GCUCAGCCUAGGGGCUCUUUUAUGAACAGGCUCAUUGUUGCGGUUGGGGGGGGUGAACAUUCCCCCAUUUCUGAACAAGGAAACAGAUCCCCCUCAGACACAGCUGGGAAAGCAGCAAAAUGCUGGAGCCUGAACCCCCUGGGCUGAGACUGCAGUGAAACACAAAUGGGAGGUGCUGGGAUUCCUGUCCCGGUUCCCUGCACUGAGCUUUGCCUCCCACAUCAGCCUGUGCCUAGUAGGUGGGUAGGAAAUGAGAAGACCCUGCCCUCCUCCAUCUGCUGGGAGGACAAGGAGCUCUCCUCUUCUCUCUGUUCCCUGCAGCCUUCUGGCCACUGUGAGCAGGGUGGGGGUGGGAUUCUGCUCCUCUGGCCCUCCCAGAGCUGUCCUGGUGUUGUGCUUCUUCCCCCAUGAAUAGUGGGGCUGUGGCUGGGGCACCAGGCUCUGAGUGGGGGGCACCUGUUGUUUCAGAUGCCAGUGAGCUUCGAGGAGGUGGCUGUGUAUUUCACCGCGGGGCAGGGGGCUCUGCUGGACCCCGCUCAGAGAGCCCUCUACAGGGACGUCAUGCAGGAGAACUAUGAGACUGUGACCUCACUGGUUCUCAGACUUCAUUGACCAUGACCCCUUCUGACAACAAACGACUACACGGCCCCGGGAGGGGGAACUAAAGCCUGAGACUGAAUCCGACCUUCAGCCCAGGCUGAACAGACCAGUAAGCACAAGGUACACCACAGAACAUGGAAGUCAUGAUUUAGGCCAGAGGACUCCCCUUUCCCAAACCUGCCCUGAUCGCCUGGCUGGAAACAGGGGAAGAGCCGUGGGUCCCGGAUCUCCAGGACUCCGAGGAAAGGAAGAUCCCAAGAGGCACCCGCAGAGCAGGUGAUGAGACAAUGAAUGAGAACGAGGAGGGGAAUCCACAGCAGGAAGGUCCUGACCAAGUGGAACUGCAGGGGAGGUUUUUGAGAAGAGCUCAAGGGAAUUUUUCCCAGUACUGGGAACAGAGAAAAGCCUGGAAUCAUCGGCACAGGUCAGAGAGGAAGUUGGGAAACCGCCAAAGGAAGAAAGUGAAGGAAGUAAUUGAAUGUGGGGGAGGAGGCAAGGAUCCCCAGGAAACCACAGACCAGCAGACAAAUCCCAAGGAAAAGAAACCAUAUAAAUGCUUGGAAUGUGGGAAGAGCUUCAGUCGGCGCUCAGAUCUUAUUAAACAUGGUAGAAUCCAUUCCGGAGAGAGACCCUAUAAAUGCUUGGACUGUGGGAAAAGCUUCAAUCAGAGUUCAAAUCUUACUACCCAUCGGAGAGUGCACAUAGGAGAGAGACCCUAUAAAUGUUUCGAGUGUGGGAAAAGUUUCGGUGUACUAUCAACCCUUAUUAUACAUCAGAGAACUCACACAGGAGAGAAACCUUAUGAAUGUUUGGACUGUGGGAAAAGCUUCUAUCGGAGCUCAAAUCUUACUGCCCAUCAGAGAGUGCAUACAGGAGAGGGACCACAUAAAUGUCUUGAGUGUGGGAAAAGCUUCAGUGCACCAUCAGUUCUCCUUAUACACCAGAGAACCCACACGGGAGAGAAACCUUAUAAAUGCUUGGAGUGUGGGAAAAGCUUCAGUCAGAGCUCAGGCCUUAUUAGCCAUGAGAGAAUCCAUACAGGGGAGAGACCGUAUAAAUGCUUGGACUGUGGGAAAAGCUUCAGUCGCCGCUCAGACCUUAGUAACCAUGGGAGAAUCCACACAGGAGAGAGACCAUAUAAAUGCUUGGACUGUGGGAAAAGCUUCAGUCGCCGCUCAGACCUUAGUAACCAUGGGAGAAUCCACACAGGAGAGAAACCCUAUAAAUGUUUGAUCUGUGGGAAAAGCUUCAAUCGGAGCUCAAAUCUUCAUACCCAUUGGAGAGUGCAUACAGGAGAGAGUGGGAAAAGUUUCAGUGAGAGCUCAAAGCAUCAGGAGAGCAUUCAUGUAAGUGCCUCAGCUGUGGGGUAAGUUUCAUUCGAAGAUCAAACCUUGCUUCAUAUCAGACAAUUCACAUGAGAGAAACCCUAUAAGUGCUUGGAUGAUAGAAAAAGCUUCAAUAACUGCAGGAAAAAAGUCAGUCUGAGCUCACACAUUAUUCCACAUGUGAUAACUCACAGAAUAAAGACCUUGAAUGUGGCAGAAGCUUCAUUUGGUGCUCGCAUCAGAGACUUCUCCACAUAGGAGAGAAAUUCUCUCACUGCCCUGACUGGGGCUGGCCAUAGUAAAAAUUCCAUUUCCUAAUUCCCACCCGCAGCAGGGGCAUUUGGCUCCCAGGUAUCCACUGGGGGCAGGUUCCAGCAGCAGCUGACCCUGAGCUGGUCAGGAACCCUCUGGCUUUGCCUGGUCUCAGCAAACCUAAGGCAGAGGAGGAGAAGUCCCAGUCAGCCCUUCCUCCCUGCUGCAGCCCUGGUGCUGAACUGAUGGGCCUUCCUGUCUCCUGCUAACCUGCUGGGAGGAGGGACAGAGAAACUCCUCCAUAGAAUCUCAGGGUUGGAAGGGACCUCAGGAGGUAUCUAGUCCAACCCCCUGCUCAAAGCAGGACCAAUUCCCAACUAAAUCAUCCCAGCCAGG